UUCAUAAAGAAAAUAUUUUUAGCAGUUGGUAACAACAGGUAACAGUGUUACCGAUAUCAUGGCUAUGAAUAAAUUAAAAAAAACAGUGAUAGCGAACGUGUAUUGGUAGGUAGGUAGUUACCUAUCAAAUACUAUCAAAGUUGAAAGUACAAAGUUGGAAAGGAGACGGGCAGUUAGUUUUUAUUACGAGAAGAGUUAUAAUGCUGCGUAGCAUUACGAAAAUGGUUGGAUACAGAACAUUUUUCUUGGAGCCUUAUGCUAGUUCUUACCAAGUUAUAAAUAAUUACACAAGCACCAAAGGAAAUAUCCAAAAUUUGCCCAGCCUACCAGUUCCAAAACUAGAAGACACAUUAACUAAAUAUUUAAAAACAGUCAGACCUCACUUAAAUGAUGAAGAGUAUGCUGUAACAACAUCUAUAGUAAAAGACUUUAUCUCGGAUAAAGGUGUUGGAAGAAAGCUACAGAGCUUGCUCGAGAAGAGAGCUGAAAAACAUCUAAACUGGCUGGAAGACUGGUGGUUGAACACAGCUUACUUGGAGUAUCGCGAUCCAGUGGUAGUGUAUUCUAGUCCUGGUUUAGUGUUUCCGUUCCGUCAGUUCAAGAAUCAAAAAGAACAACUGCGGUAUGCUGCAAAAACAUUAUUGGCGGCUGUUGAUUAUAAAGAUUUAAUAGACAGUGAGAAAAUUCCUGUAGAAAUGAUGGGUAAAAGCCCACUAGAUAUGCAACAAUACAAAAAAAUCUUUGGAACAUGCAGAAUACCUUGGGAAAAACGCGAUAAGCUGUCGUAUAAUAAUGAAAAGCAUGUCACAGUCUUCCAUAAUAACCAUAUUUUCCAUGUUGACCUCUGGGGACAAGAUAAUGUUAUUUUGAGCGAAGAUCAAAUUGUCUCACAAUUGGAGAAAGUUAUAAAGCAAUCAAGCAAACCCACGAGCCAAGGCAUCGGUAUACUUACAUCAGACAAUCGCGAUAAUUGGGCGGCGGCCUAUCGACUACUUAGAGAAGAUAAAACAAACAAGGAGUCUUUGGAGGAUAUAGAAAAGAGUAUUGCUGUAUUAUGUUUGGAUUCGCCGGUCGGCUUGUGGAAAUGUCCCGAUGAUAACGCUCGGCGCAACGUCGCCGGCGCACAGACUAUCCACGGCGGAGGGGCGGCCGCCAACGGAGGCAACAGAUGGUUUGACAAAACUAUUCAGUUCAUUGUUGGGGCUGAUGGUGUAACUGGGUUAACGUAUGAACAUUCACCCGCCGAAGGCCAACCCAUUGCUGUAAUGACUGAUUUCAUAAUUAAUUAUAUAGAGCGUGGUAAGGAAAACUCGAAAACGUCGGCAAAUCCUAAACCGCCAGUGUUGUUAAAGUUCAACGUUACUUCUAAAGUCGAUGAAAUGAUAAAAACCGCACGCACGAACUUAGAUAAGUUAGUUGGAAAUCUUGAGCUGAACUGUUUCCAAUAUGACAAAUACGGCAAAAACUUUAUUAAGUCUCAAAAACUGAGUCCUGAUAGUUAUCUGCAGAUGGCGAUGCAGUUGGCUUUUUAUAGAUUGCACAACACGCCUGGCGCCCAUUACGAAUCUGCCGCCACCAGGAUGUAUGUGGGCGGGCGCACGGAAACCAUACGUUCUUGUUCCAUCGAGUCGAUAGAUUUCGCGAAAACAAUGUUGAACACGAAAAGCUCACCGAAAGAAAAAGUUGCCGCGUUGCAAAAAGCCAUAAAAGCGCACAAGGAUUACACAGUACAGGCACUUCAAGGACUGGGUGUCGACCGUCACUUACUUGGCUUGAAGCUCACCGCCAUAGAAAACGGUAUUCCUUUACCUAAACUUUACUCAGAUCCAGGAUUCACUCGAAGUGCGCACAUGAGGAUUUCUACCAGCCAGGUGGCGUGCAAGUGCGACGGGUUCAUGUGCUACGGGCCGCUGGUGGCGGACGGGUACGCGACGUGCUACAACCCGCGCGACGACGACGUGAACAUCGCCACGGCCGCGUUCGAGCAGCACCGCGACACCAGCGCCGCGCAGUACCGCGCCGCGCUCGAGGCAUCGCUGCGGGACAUGCACGACGUCCUGCUGCUCACCACACACUCCAAGCUUUAAAUCUUCAACUCUUAUACGACACUGUAAUCAUUGUUUCGACCGACCAAUGGUUUGUCUCCUUCGGUCCUAAACAAAAUGUGGCAGAAAGUAACAAACCAAUGGUUAGUUAAAAUUGAUGAAUUUUUUAUACUUAAUACUUGUUAGAUUGCCUUGUUAGAUAUUGGUGACGGUCAAGUAACAUGCUCGCUUCCUUAACAUUAACAAUAUUGAAGCAUUUACACAUGCUCAAAUGCCUUUACUACUUGCCUUUUUUAUAUAUUGUGAUAUUUUUAUCUUUUGUAUAGUGUUGAAUCAUUGUAAACAUUAUAUUACUUUACCUAUUUAUAGUAUUUAUACACCCUAUAAUAAAUCGAAUUUAUAAAGUAAUAAGUUGUAAAAAAAAGUCUAAAUAUUAUGUGAUUUAAGAAAAUCUUUUUCUAUUAUUAUACAUGUAAAUAAUUGGAGGAAACAGUAUUUUACAUUAUUCUAUGAAGAGUAUUCGUUUUUUUUUAUAUUUUAUUUUUUUUUUAAUUAUAAAUACUACUACAUAUUGUUUUUGUAUUUUUUUUUAAAUACAAUCAGUUACCUUUCAUAGCCUGUUUAAAUUUUUAAUAGAGACUACUAAUGAGUUUUCCAACCGUCCAAAUGGCGCGGCUGCAUUUCUGUUUGUUUUUGUGAAUAUUAAUUUGAAAAUCUGAUGAAUGUGACAGAUUUUUCAAUGAGCUUCAGUUGAAUGUGAAAAAUUUAUUAAUAAUUCAGAUACGUAUAAUAUUUUUAUAUCGCAUUAUAAUUGAAACAUUUUUGAGACUGUACAAACGUUUAUUUAAACAUAUCGAUACAAAAUAAAUAAUAAUACAAUAUUAUCUAUUAUACUAUUUAUUAUUAUACUACAAAAUAAUAAUAUUAAAAUUUUUGUUUACUUUAUUUUCCUUUAAAACUGGUGAGGGGCCAAUUCAAUUUUACCAACUGUUUAUAUAUAACGACAUACCUUGAAUGUUAUUAAAGACUUUAAAAUAAAGAAACCA